CUAAGGCUGUGGAGGAUGCUUCAGAAGCCUCAAUCUGCAGCACCUUGCUCCAUGACACAGCUGUGAGCCGUGCUAUAAAAUAGCUUGCAAUUCAGGACAGGUCCUCUGCAUCUACAUGAGUGAGCCCUCGAUCGUGGGUGCAGAAGAAGAGUAGGAACACUUGGAGAAAUGCUUCAGACGAGACAGAUGGAGAGAUUGCCUCCACUGCACCUGGCAGUGGUGUCUCUGCUGGGCUUCUUCUGCCUCAUCCAUGCUUCAAGGGCUGCGAUCUCAUUCCCACCUGCGGCCCCGAGGGUGCAGCUGCAGAAGAUCGACGCAAUCCCAUCUUCCGGUGGAGCAGAUGGCCAGGCCGCCGUCAUAGUGGGAGAGCCCGACCACGGCGGUGUCAGCGGGAGGAUGGAGAUGGAGAUGGAGCUGGAGGACUACCCGGGCUCCGGAGCCAACGACCACCACUCCCCGUGGUGGCGGCAGGAGAGGAGGAACUGAGAACAUGGAGCAAAGCUGCAUGUGUGUUCCUAGUGCUGCACGGUUCCACAUGUUUCUCAAACUGUAAUAUCUCUACUUUUUUGCUGUAACAUACCAGAACGAAGCUUGUUACUUGCAAGGGCAUUAAAAUCAUGUAUAUAAGCUUUGGCUUUGAUUGCUUGUUUGUGGCACGUAAUUAAACUAGAACUUUUUCUGCACCAAGAUGAUUUACAGCUUUAAUAUAGCAGAAGCUGUGUUGAUUAUUAUGGCAUUUUAGUU